GUGUGUGUGUGGUGUGUGUGUGUGUGUGUGUGUGUGUAUGUGUGCGCGCGCGCGCUUGGUUUCUCUCUCCUCUGUAAGAACACAGCCGCCUGCCUGUCUCCUGCUGUUACCGCUACUCUUACUGGCUUUUUGCUGCCUCUUGCCUCUCUUUCUGCUUAGCUCCUGGCCUUCGGGUACUACUUCCAGUAUGGAGAAGAAUCACUCUGGACAGCUCUCUGGGGAACCCCAGUCUGCACCUCCAGGGGACAAUUCGUCAUUACCCAGUCAAAAUGGCCUGACAACACAAGAGGAUAAGGAUUCCUCAGCCACACUGCAAGCACCAGAGAAGGAAGCAGGCACGCAGCCUGAACAGGGAGCUCGUGAUAUCUCUGAAGAGUUGAACCGCCAACUGGAAGACAUCAUCAACACAUAUGGGUCUGCUGCCAGUACAGCAGGGAAAGAAGGUCCCACCAGGGCCAAGGAGCAGCCUGAGGACACAGAACCACCAGACAACGAGGACAGGGACUGUGAUGAGGCUACCGAGGAGACUGAGAGGGAACCCACGGCUUCUGGAGAGCCACUCGCAGCCAAAGAGCCUACCAGUAAUAAAGAGCAGAAGUUGGAAAAGAAAAUCCUUAAAGGAUUAGGCAAAGAAGCCAACCUGCUAAUGCAAAAUCUGAACAAGUUGCAAACAUCUGAAGAAAAGCUUGAUUUUCUAUUCAAGAAGUAUGCUGAGUUGCUGGAUGAACAUCGCACUGAACAGAAGAAGUUAAAGCUCCUGCAAAAGAAACAGGUACAAAUUCAAAAAGAAAAGGACCAGUUACAAGGCGAACACAGCAGAGCUAUCCUCGCUCGAAGCAAACUGGAGAGUCUGUGCCGGGAGCUGCAGAGACACAACAAAACACUGAAGGAGGAAACCCUUCAGCGGGCACGUGAGGAAGAAGAGAAGAGGAAGGAGAUUACAAGUCAUUUCCAGACUACCCUGACAGAUAUCCAGACCCAGAUUGAGCAGCAGAGUGAGCGAAAUAUGAAGCUGUGUCAGGAAAACACAGAGCUUGCAGAGAAACUGAAAAGCAUCAUUGAUCAGUACGAGCUAAGAGAAGAGCAUCUGGACAAGAUAUUUAAACACAGAGAACUGCAGCAGAAGCUGGUGGAUGCCAAACUGGAGCAGGCGCAAGAAAUGAUGAAGGAAGCCGAGGAGCGACACAAACGCGAGAAGGAAUAUUUGCUGAACCAGGCAGCAGAGUGGAAACUGCAGGCCAGAGUGCUGAAAGAGCAGGAGACAGUCCUGCAGGCCCAGCUUACUCUUUACUCUGGGAGGUUUGAAGAGUUCCAGAGCACGCUGACAAAAAGCAAUGAGGUGUUUGCCACUUUCAAACAGGAAAUGGAUAAAACGACUAAGAAAAUGAAGAAGCUGGAAAAGGACACAGCCACGUGGAAAGCCCGGUUUGAGAACUGUAACAAAGCCCUGCUGGACAUGAUCGAAGAGAAAGCACUGAGGGCUAAAGAAUACGAGUGCUUUGUGAUGAAAAUUGGGAGGCUCGAGAACCUCUGUCGAGCUUUACAAGAAGAGAGAAACGAACUCUACAAAAAAAUUAGAGAAGCGAAAACGCCCGGAAAGGAUGACCCGAGUCAGCACACCUCCGACGAGGAGCCAGAGUCAGCUGCCGAGGGAGGGCCGGAUGCAGAGGAGGCCGACAGCGUUCACGGUGCUGGGAAAAAUCUGGCCACAACCUUCAUGAUAAUUCAUCAUCCAGAGGCGACCCUCGACAGAUCCCAGGAAGUCCAGCCAGGAUUGGGCAGUCCUCAAGGGGGCGGUGACAGCGCCCUGAAGGAGCCCGAACGGUCCCCUCUGGGCACAUCCUGCCAUCCAGAGAGUUCCCUGCCUCCCCCAGCUCCUCAGGCCGAGGCUGAACCUCCUCCGGGGACCAGCAAUAUCCCCGUGGGAGCAGAGGCUCAAGACUGGGGUCUCCUGGCUGCAGCACAGGCUGGUCAGCAGCCCCUGAAGCCAGAGGCAGAAGCUUCCACUCCGGGCCCGUGGCUCCCAGCAGGGCCUUCCCUACCGGCGGCAGAGGCAAAUGGUCCUGCUCCAUCACCCGCAGCAGGUGAGCAAGCUCCAGCUGGCGUGCCGGGGUGUGAGCCUGGUGGGCAGCCCCCACCAGCCGCAGCGACAGAGGAGGCGCUGCCCGCAGGGGCCUCAGCCGGGCCCCGGGACCCGAAGCUCCUGGGGCCAGGCUGGGAGGGGUAGCCCAAGCCUCACCCGCCCGUGGAGGGCUGCCCUUCCCGGCUUCACAGCUCUGCCUGACAGUACAUCUUUGGCACUGUCUUCCGAGAGGCAUUAGAUGUCUAAUGGAAGAGACUUAAUUAGAAUCAAGACAUUUUUAAAUGUUUUGCAGAGUACAUUCAGCGUUUGGUAUUUGUUCUCCAUUUAUAACUGAUGUAGAGGUUUUCUAUUUAACACUGGUUGAUGGUAUAAUUUUCCCAAAUGGCAACAGAACAUUCAAAUAGCAAAUUUGUAUUAAUUUGCCGUUAAGGUGGUACUUACUUCAAUUUCUUAACAGUAAGAUUUGGUGUUUAAAGACUUCCACUACAAUAUGUAAAUACCGAAAAUGUGGUGUUCUGUUUAUUUCCAUGUAUAGCUUAGUAAGUUCCACAGUAAGUAACAGAUGUCCAGGUUCCAUUUAAACAUUAUAUACUUAAUACACGCAUAUGUGUGGAUGUAUAUAUUUUUUUAUGCACAUAUAUACACCAGGAGCUACUGCAAAGGCCUCAGCUGGGACACACACACACACACACACACACACACACACACACACACACAUAAAUUUCUCUCAUCACUUUUUGGAUUUCUCUCAUGCAAACUGUUUAGAUGCUAAUCAAAAAAUUAUCUCUUACUUGCACUUGGGACUACAGUAGACUAAUGCUAAUCAGAAGCAGGUUCAGAACACAAAUAUUUAGGCCAUAUAGUGCUGGGCAAAAAUAAGUAACCCAACGGUAGGUCAAUAAAUUCAACCAAUUAAUCAAAUGACAGAACAACAGUUGGGUUAGACAGCAAAUCUGCGCGGAGUACACAGACCCAAAGAGGGCCCUCAACAGAAAAGGGGAACCGUCACAUCAUAGACUGAUGACCUCUUCCAGCUGUUUAUCCUACACAACUCAGCCCCUUGCCUUGCAACCCUCUCAUGCAGUCGGGCAGCCCAUUCGCGGCUUCCCACGAGGAAAAGGUUCAAAGCGGGAAAGGGAGCUAGGGAGUGGAGGGACUGAGGGUCCUGACUGAGGGAUGGAGAGGAAGCGGAACUCUCGUCUCCUGAUGGAUACUCAGCUGGCCCUGCCAACUCCUCUGUUCCCUCCUGUCAUCUACCGCUCUCUGCAGAGGGUCACCUACCUCUGCUUGCUGUUGCUGCCUCCAUCUAUACUCUCAAAGCAUCUGCUCCAUUUUUCAAACGUCCUCUUUUGCAGCUGGAAAUUAAACCCAGCCCUCAUCUCAAUUAUUGCUAAGUAAAAGCUACUGUUUUUCCAAAACAGAAGUCCAUAUAGGGUCUCAAUAUCAGUGAUGAGGCUUACAAGCCAACAUAUUUUCUACUUUGAAGAGUUCUCCACAGCCAGAAGUACAAAGCAGGGGACAAAUUGUCCCCUACUCCAAAGGACUUGAAAAAUAGGUGAGGAUUCAAGAGAAGGCAAAUGCUACAAACACCUGGGGUUAUCCACAUACAUAUAAAAUUAUCACUGCUUGACAAGAACAUCUAAUAAUACUGAGAGCAUAAAUUGCUCUGCUAGGGUAGCAGCAGACCAACAAAGAAAGAGGAAGGAAGAGAGGGAGGAGAGAGGAAAGGUGGGGAGAAAAACAUCUAACGCAGCCUUACUAUAAAAGUUGAAUCCAAGUAAAAAGAUGGAUAAAUGGAAUAUUUCUCUACUACUUAUCCAGGAACUCAUUCUUCAGUGUCGCAUGUGGCUGCCUGCCAAGGUACACAAAGUGCUUGAAGGCAGCAACCAUAUGCUACAAGAAUUGUGAACUGCAUAAAAUUCGUUUGAAGUAGACAGUGAGGGUAAUAACAAAAUGCUAAUCAGGAAAAAAUGCAUAUCGCUAUUUGAGAACCUGUGUUUUUUUUAAAGGCUUAAAAUAUUAUAACCAUAGUGUAUCCAGCCAAAUUGAACAUUACUGAAAAUCUUAGAGAUUUAAACAUUCAUUUAAUUCAAAGCCAAAUAUUCACCAUAACAAUCCAGGAGGGUCUCCUUUCCCACUACUUACAGAGGCUACACUUCCAAAAACAGAGUAAGAUUAGAUAAUCAUAGUCAAGUCUCAGUUUGGGUGGUUAGCAAGAGAAACAGGCAGGAGAGGAGCCAAAAAAAUUCCAUAAAUCAUAUAUUCUAAUGCCCAAAGUUCUUUUUGUUUUCCCUCUAAAAACCUUUCAUGGCAACACAUUACUCACUACUGUGUGUAUCUUGGGCAGAGUUUUGGAUACAAUAACUUGCUUGAAAUUUGUAAAGCUUAAUAUAGGCUUUGGAAGAAUUAUUUUAAUAUUCAAGAAUGUUUGAUUAUAGUCCUUUGUUUUAGAAUUCAACUUUACUAAUUAUAACAAUAACUCAUAAGACCUGAAGGAAUAAGGGAUCUCUGUUCUGUAUCAAGUUCAUGUAAUAUUUCUAGAAAUGCCAAGUCUACUUUCUAGAAGUACUACUCAUUGUUGACAUUUUCUAAAUUAAGUAACUCUAAGUUAUGUAUCUAUUAAAAAGUUACUUCUCUUCCUGAA